AUGACAUGCCGGCUUUACUACAAUCAGGGAGCUCCUAAUGAAAUCGAGUGCCUCAGCCGCUGGUGUGCGAAUGCUGCAAACUGGCCAUUCGCUCGUUGCAAUGUUACUCAAGGAUUGAAGGAUGAAGGAUAUGACCCGUAUUACAAUCGCGCUUACCUUUCUGAGAACUUCCCCUUUGACAAGAGCAGCAUGUCCCUUUCCUGGGCGUCGAUGUCUUUAAUCACUAUAACACUCGUGUUAGAGGUCAUAACUCAACUGCUGGACAUGAUCAAGCCGAAGAAGAAAUCCUUAUUCUACUCAAAACGAUAUCGCGUAUUCCUCCAUGCUUGUUGUGCGACAUCAUGGAUAAGCACUGCAGUUGCAGAGGCUUUGCUCAUCUACGGAUCGUCAAAAACAUCAGAAACCUGGGGGUUGUACAACACAACUGAAGGAUUGUGGAUGGCCGCUGCUGUAAUCAGCGGUCUUGCAUUUCUGUCGUCUUCCUUAUUCCACUAUCUGAGGCAUCGGCACCUGCGGUACAUUAAGACUGCUCCGGUAUCAGGAAACCUGGAUACCCGGCAGGGAGAAUUGGUAUUGCAGCAUGUGAAACAGCCUAUGGACCAGCUUGUGUCAUCAAGGGAUCAGGCAGCAAUUGGUGUUACUGGCUCAGUUUCAGGCUCUCCCAUAUCAUCUAACCUAACCCCAAAUGCAGAAGCGUCAACGACCGCUGGUUUUGUGCAUGCGGCAGCAGGGCACAGAGCAUCGUCAGAUCCAUCACAGCAGAAAAUGAAGUCAAAGGGAACCGAUUUUAGUUUGGAGGAGCUCCAGCAGGCAACAUUAAAUUUCUCUCUUAAAAACCUUCUCGGUCGUGGUGGCUUCGGUGAAGUAUACAAAGGUGUACUGGCAGGUGGUCAGACUGUUGCUGUCAAGAGAAUUCACAGGCAUAAACUGCUGCACGGAAGGGACGAGUUCAAGUCAGAGGUUGAGAUUCUCAGCAGAGUUCAUCACCGGAAUCUUGUGCGGAUACUGGGGUACCACAUUGGGGAGACAGAGGAACUUAUUGUCUUCGAGUUCAUGGCUAAUGGAUCACUCGACCACCACCUGCAUGGCAAUACUUGCACACCCAUUGGCUGGGAAAGAAGGCUUCAAAUGGCAAUUGAUGCAGCAAAGGGUUUGGCAUAUCUUCACCAUGAUUGCUCUCCAAAAGUGGUGCAUCGUGACAUCAAAGCUUCUAAUAUUCUUCUUGAUGCGAACAUGAAUGCUCAGGUUGGUGACUUUGGCCUUGCACGCUUGUUGCAAGAUGAUUCUGAGCAUGUAACUACAAGAGUCAUGGGCACCAUUGGCUACUUGGCCCCGGACUAUGCAUUCUCAGGGCAAUUGACGGAAAAGAGUGAUGUUUACAGUUUUGGUGUUCUAUUGCUGGAGCUCCUUACAGGGAGACAGCCUGUUGAUGUCACAGCUUCGACGUUUCAAGGCCAAAGUCUUGUAGAAUGGGCCUGGCAACAGACAAUUGGAUCAGAAAACGACCAACUAUGGAUAAGGUUGCCAAGAUACUCCAAGAUGCGAGGAAAGAUGAACAUGUCCCGCAAAUGA